GAGAUUCUGAAAAAAAUGUAUUCCAUUGGGUCAGAGGGGCAGGAGGUUUUAAUGGAUGAGAAAGAAAAUAAUAAUAUAUCAGAAGGAGCAUUUUGUACUGAAAAUGAAAAGCAAAGUAAAAAACGAAUAUCAUGUUUUAAUUUGGAUGGCGAAGAGGAUUGGGAAAAUAACUUUAAAAACGAAAAAUAUGGAUCUUAUGGAGACAUGACAUUUUGUAUGGCUGAUCAUAUUAAAGAAACAAUGCAAAUGACGUUCAUGAUGCGUAGUCAUCAUAUGCUUACUGAUGUAUGUCUUGAAGUAGGAACUGAAUUAUUUUAUGCUCAUAAAAUUAUUUUAGCUGCUGCUAGUCCUUAUUUCAAGGCAAUGUUUACGGGAGGAUUAAGAGAGUCUGGAAUGAGUAGAGUUAAAUUACAAGGUGUUUGUCCUACAGCUAUGGCAAGAUUAAUGUUUUUUAUGUAUACCGGACGAAUUAGAGUUACCGAAUUGACAGUUUGUACUUUAUUACCAGCAGCAACUAUGUUUCAAGUAAAUAAUGUUAUCGAAGCAUGCUGUAUAUUUUUAGAACGUCAAUUAGAUCCAACAAAUGCAAUUGGUAUUGCUAAUUUUGCUGAACAACAUGGAUGCAAAAAUUUACAUCAUAAAGCAAAUCAAUUUAUUGUACAACAUUUUAGUCAAAUUUGUCAUGAAGAAGAAUUCCUUCAAUUAUCAGCAAUCCAGUUGAUAUCACUUGUAAGAAAAGAUGAACUUAAUGUACAAGAAGAAAGAGAAGUUUAUAAUGCCGUAUUAAAAUGGGUCAUGUAUAAUGAGGAAGCACGUGGUCCUAAAAUGGCACAUAUUUUACAAGCAGUUCGGUGUCAAUAUUUAACUCCAAAUUUUUUAAGAGAUCAAAUGAAAAAUUGUGAAAUUGUUAAAAAAGCUCCGGCAUGUCGAGAAUAUCUAGCUGAAAUUUUUAAAGAUCUUACAUUACAUAAAAAACCAAUUGUUAAAGAAAGAACGCCUAAUACUAAAAGACUUAUAUUUAUUGCUGGUGGUUUUCUCAGACAUUCAUUAGAUACACUUGAGGCAUUUAAUGUAGAUGAUAAAGUUUAUACUCAGCAUGCAAAAUUACUAGUACCACGAUCAGGUCUAGGUGGAGCAUUUUUAAAAGGAAUGUUUUAUGCUAUUGGAGGAAGAAAUAAUUCACCGCAAACAAGAUAUGAUAGUGAUUGGGUUGAUAAAUAUAACCCUGUAGCUAAUCAGUGGAGACCUUGUAAAGCAAUGACUGUACCUAGAAAUCGCGUUGGAGUUGCUGUGAUGGAUGGAUUAUUAUAUGCUGUAGGAGGAAGUGCUGGUGCCGAGUUUCACAACAGUGUUGAAUGUUAUGAUCCAGAUCAAGAUCUUUGGAAAAAAAUAAAACCAAUGCAUGUUAAGAGACUUGGUGUAGGAGUCGCCGUGGUCAAUAGGUUACUAUAUGCAAUUGGUGGAUUUGAUGGAAUCCAGCGUUUGUCUUCAGUUGAAUGUUAUCAUCCAGAAAAUAAUGAAUGGACAAUGGUAUUACCAAUGAAUAAUGGUCGUUCGGGUGCUGGAGUUGCAAGCCUUGGACAAUAUAUUUAUGUUGUCGGUGGAUAUAAUGGAAAACUCCAACUAAAUUCUGUAGAACGUUAUGAUACUGAGGGUGAUAUUUGGGAAGAAGUUAGUAAUAUUUCUAUAGCUCGCAGUGCAUUAAGUGUCACAGUAAUUGAUAACAAGUUAUAUGCAAUCGGUGGUUAUGAUGGCAAUGUAUUUUUAAAUAUUGUAGAAAUAUAUGAUCCUACUCUUGAUAGAUGGGAACCCGGAAUGCCGAUGCCUUCUGCUAGAUCGGGACAUGCCAGUGCUGUUUUUUAUUAUCAAUGUCCACUUCACUCUACGCGGACAGAUGAAAAUGCAUUGAAAAAUGAUGGAAAACCAUCGUGACAUAUAAAUUAAAUUUUUUAUAAAAAUUUAUUAAUCCGUGUAUAAAUAUAAUUUAUGUUCUAUAUUUUUAUGUAUAACUUUAUAAAACAAUCAUUGUAUAUUGUUUUUUUAUAAUUAGUAAUAUUUUUAAUGUAAUAUUAAAUACACGACAAUAAUUAUUUAUUCAUGACUGG